AUGGAUGCAGAUAUUGGUGUCAUUAAUCCAAAUCAUUCACUAGAAGAAUUUUUGGAAGGAAGAAAAGAUUUUGAUUUAAUUUUUUAUGAAAGGAUAUUUAAUGGGGAAAUUAUGGCUGGAAGUUAUAUUUUAAAAAAUACUCAAUUUACUAGAGAAUUCCUUUAUUAUUGGGCUGAUUAUUAUUUUAAAGUGCCAAAAAGUUUUCAUGGAACUGAUAAUGGGGCAAUACAUGUAUGUCUAUUAAUUUAAAUUUUUUUAAAAAAUUUAUUAAAUUAAAAAGAUUCUUUACUUAGAGAUUAAUAAAUUUAUUUUCAGUAAAUUCUGAUUAGAGUUCGAUAUUAGGGACGGGAGAAUUCCUUUAUUUUGGGCUGGACUGCACUGAGUGAGAAUCGGGGGCACAAGGGAGACCUCCCCCGUUCGCCGAGGAAUUAGCUUCCCCUGAGACGGAAUCUGACCAUAAUUUAAAUAAAAUUUGG